GGCAGGCGCUAGCUAUAUUGAACGUUAGCCACAACCACAUGCACUCUGUUCAAUGGCACUUAAACAACUCCAAGCUCGCACUUCCUAUUCACAGUCACCUCUAGUCGCGAUAUAUCGGCAUUUCCAUUUUCACCAAAUACGACCAGAAUUCCGUCUCGGCCCAUAACAAUGACGGAACCAAUUCCCUCCGCCUCCGCCGCCGACGCCGAAGACCAACAGCGUCUCCCUGCCAACGCCGAAGACCGCAAGGCCGCGGCCGCCCUCUCGUCACUCAACGAUAACGAGAUCUCGCAGGGGGACGACGCAGGAAGCAAACUGUCUUCUGCUGCCGCGCAAGAAGCCCUGGGCAAGGCUAUGAGCCGGCUGGAGAUUGCUGCGGGUGGCGCUGCUGCGAACAAGGCUCCUGCUAGUGCGGGGAAGACAGAGCAGAAGGGAGACGUUGUAAAGAAGAAGGCUGUGAAGAUUGUCACAGAGGAUGUCAGUUUGCUUGUCGAAGAACUUGAUCUUACCAAGAACAAGGCCACAGAGCUAUUGAGAACACAUGACGGCGAUGUGAGACAGGCACUCCACGCAUUCAUCACGCCUCCAGCUGCGGCAUGAACUCGCACAGUCAUUCCCAUGACUUCUGAUUUGAAUGGAAAACGCAGCCUUCCAACAAUAAUUGUGCAUUAACACGUUGUGUGCCAAUGGGCCGAAUGUAGUCAAACACCCUGGCAGGCUAUGGCGGUUCUCUAGAGUGAGACGCUCCGCGAAAUCCCUAAGUGCAUAGAGCUUCGGGAUGGGUUUUAGAACCUUUAAUGAAUAAUGACGACAUGGCUUUGAUACACAGCUGAGACCCUUCUUUUACUAUCUAAUAAAUAAAUUUUUUUUUAAAUAUAUACCAGAGGUCGGAGCAGGAUAUUUGAAAAAUGCAUAUACUCUUGUUUUGAAUGAAAU